AUGACCUCCGCCAAAGAAGGGAAAGCCGCUCCCCCCUCACCCCAGCCCGGCGCGGAGGAGAGGCGCCGAAACCCGCUGGACCAGCUGCCGCCGCCCGCCAACUCCAACAAGCCCCUGACCCCCUUCAGCAUCGAGGACAUCCUGAGCAGGCCCUCCGGCCGCAGAGCCCCCGCCGCCCGCCUGCUCGACAAGCGGAACGGCUCCUCCGGCAACCCCCGCAACGCCGCGCCCGCCCCGGCCUCGCCGCUCUGCGCUCUCCAAGAGCUGGCCACCAAGACGUUCAAGGGCCUGGAGGUCAACGUGCUGCAGGCCGCCGAAGGCCGAGACCCGCUGGGCGCCUUCGGGCCCCGGCAGCCCGCCAAGAAGCGCCGGAAGUCGCGCACGGCCUUCACCAACCACCAGAUCUACGAGCUGGAGAAGCGCUUCCUCUACCAGAAGUACCUGUCGCCGGCGGACCGGGACCACAUCGCGGCGCAGCUGGGCCUGAGCAACGCGCAGGUCAUCACCUGGUUCCAGAACCGGCGCGCCAAGCUGAAGCGGGACCUGGAGGAGAUGAAGGCCGACGUGGAGUCCCUCAAGAAGCUGCCCCCGGCCGCCCUGGAGAAGCUGGCCACCAUGCCCGAGCUGGAACCCGACCCCCAGCCGGCGCGGGCUCGAUCCGGAAGCCUGCCCCGGGGCUCACCCCCCUCCUCCCCCGGCGCCUCCCUCCGCGCCAAGGACGGCUUCUCGGACGGGGAGGACGACGAGGAAGAGAUAGACGUGGGGGACUGA